AUGCCGUGCAACGCAUUCUUACAGACGAAAGCUGUCUCUCGCUGGGUACCCCGCAUACUGCGCGUGCAGUGUUUUCGAGAACUUCUCAAGCGUAACGAGGCACAUGGUGAAGAUUUUUUAGACAGGAUCGUGUCCACGGACGAGACAUGGCUGUACUAUCACGAUCCCGACUCCAAACACCAGUCUUCUAUUAGGAAGCCGCCUGACAGACCUCAACCCAAAAAGGAUCGAGUGUUACGUCGGGACUUGGUACAACCCCUGCGCCGGAAGCAACCUCAGCUAGACCUGGACGAUGCUAUUCUACACCAUGAUAAUGCCCACACACACCGGGCUCACGACACAGAACUGGAGGUUAACCUGCUCGGGUUAAGUCUACUGCCAUACCCACCGUACAGCCCGGACUUGACUCUAUUAGACUACCUUUCUGCAUGGCAGUGUCCGAAUGAAGCACCUUUUCAAAGUGUAUUUGCCGAAUCUGGACAGUCUGCGGUUAUUAGUUUUCUAACAACUGUGAGAACAUUUGAACAACUUCUGGUUUAUAAUGUAUAUGCCUUUAAUGGAAGUAAGCUUUAUAUCGCAACAUUCUACAACAACAUUCUUCGAAAUGAAAAGUCCUAUUUACAAUCAAAAUUUGUUGGGAAUGCCAGUGCUGGAAACUUCACAGUGAAGACAGUUGGUGUACACUUACAUGAUGGCGGAGUUUACAUGCUUGGUUAUAAAGAGGGAUCAGAAAACAUCAAUACUGAACAUUGCUCUGUGCUAUUCAUUAUAGAUAAACCAAAAAAGCCGACACUCACUCGUGAUAGUUUUAUCGUUCAAGGAACCAAUAGUAGCCUUAUUUGCAGCAGUUUAUCGACAAGUUAUCCUACAAACCACACCAUGAGUUUAACAUAUAACUGGAAUGUAAAUGGUGCUACUAAUCCAUCUAAGUCGAGAUAUGUUUAUUCACCAACAAGAAAAAAACUAACAAUUACAUCGCUAAGGAAAGAAGAUGCCAACACAACAUUCACAUGUAGUGCUACGGAAUCAGGACCCAGAUUUGUUGGGCUAACUUCUGACAAUAGUGAUCUGCUAACGUUUACUGUCAUAUAUGGUCCAGAUGUAAACACAACAAGACUUUUACCCUCCAUAAGACAAUACACCCUAAAUGAAGGUGUAACUUUGAAUGAUAUAACAUGUAGUGGUGAAUGUUUUCCAAGGUGUAAUUACAAAUGGACAAAGUCAGGCCAAACAGUUAGCAAUAAUUCCUUAUUAUCCCUGGCUACAUUAUCUCGGACAGAGGCUGAUUUCUACAUGUGUGAGGUAACAAAUGCCAACAAGACCGUAACAAAAGUAACACAAAAAGUUGAAGUGCGUGUCAAUUACGGCCCCGACGCAAGUUCUGUCAUAUUAUUGCCGCCAACAUCAAGAUAUAUACUAAAUGAGGAAGAUGUUAUAAAUGACAUAAGCAUUUCGGGUGAUUGUUUUCCUGUUUGCUUGUUUAACUGGACAAAAGCGGGGAGCUUAACUUUUGCUGUAGAUGAUGCCACAUUAUCACUUGGCUCAUUGGAUCGCAAUGAAGCGGGCACAUACAUAUGCACUGUUAGCAACCCAACAAACGACCAAACACAAACGAGAAAUAUAUCUGUAUUUGUUAGAUAUGGUCCAGACGCAAGUUCAACCAUUCUUACACCAGCCAAAAUAACAUAUUCUGUUAUCGAAAACACAACUCUGCAUGACAUUAAUUGUGCAUCAGAGUGUUAUCCCAAAUGUCACUACAAAUGGACGAUGCCAAAUCGAAAUUCUAUGAACACUAGUGUGUUAUCACUCGGAAAACUGCACAGAAAUGAAGCUGGAACAUAUACAUGUACAGUUACCAGCACGCUAACAACAGUUUUUGUAAUCAAACAAGUUGCUGUUUUUGUCACAUAUGGUCCGGAUGCUGAUUCUUUGAAAUUAAAUCCAUCCCAAUCAUCAUACCCAGAAAAUGAGGGGACAUCACUUAAUGACAUCACAUGUUCAACUGCUUGCUAUCCUAAAUGUACUUACAAAUGGACAAAGUCUGGCUCCCCGUUCAUUGAGAGUAACGUAUUAUCACUUGGUACUUUGAACAAGGAUAAAGCGGCUACUUACACAUGUACAGCUUUCAACCCAACGACAAAACAUAAUGUAUCUACAAGUGUUAUUGUACAUGUUAGAUAUGGUCCAUAUAGAUGUGAUUUCAACACAUCCUCUCCAUAUGUUUUGAAAGAAGGCGAAACAUUACCAACAAUAACAUGUAAAUCAGAUUGUUACCCGCUGUGUUUGUGUAAAUGGAAAAACAGUUCAAGUGGAAGUAUCAUUAGUCAAAACAUGCAUUUAGAUAUCGGACCAGUGACUCGAUACCACAACGGAAGCUAUAUUUGUAUCUGUGAAAACACAGCUAACAGCUCAAGCGCGUCGACAGAGUAUUUUGAUAUCAUAGCUGAGUAUUUAACCUUUACUGUAAAUGGAAAUGAAGAACAGACAAAUUUGACUGUUGACGAAUACGAAUCUGAUAUACAGUUUAAAUGUUUGAUAAAUAUUUAUUUCGAGACAAAAUUGCAAAUCAAAUUUCAAGAUACUGUGCUUGUGGAUAAAAUACAUGGAAGAGAGCUAGUUUUUACCCGCAAAAGUGCACAUUGCUUACAUGCUGGUAUUUACACUUGUCACGGGAAAAGUCGCAACGGAGCAGAAAUUAUGUCUGAAAUCAACUUAUUUGUUCGAUGUUCUCCAAGACCUCUUCGAGAAAUAAAGACGAAUUUUUCAAGCGAACUGUAUAACCCUGUCACACUGAUGUUUACUGCUUUGGCCUAUCCCGAACCUGAACCCUCCGACUAUACAUGGUACAAAAAACGGGACGAGAGUUGGACACCAUUACUGAGUAACACUGAUUUGCAGAUAUCAUCGGCAGGGAUUCAAACAAAUCUUUCAAUAUGGGAAUGUUCAGAACGAUUACAAUCGGCGUGA